AUGGAAGAUACAGCCGCACCAUCCAGUGCCAUGCCUGAUGCACGCUUGGCCAUGGUGAAGGAUUUUACCAUUGGGCGCGGCCGCCGCGACCGCAACACAGCCAUUGCCCCCAGCAUCCUCUUUGAGCUUUGCAUGGAAACACGGUUGGCUGGAAACCGCGAGGCCAUUCAUGAGCUUCUGGGAGGUCGAUACGUCAUCAAGGCUCAGUCGUUGCGCUUUCACCACCGGCUUCGGCACCUCUUCGAGCCGCUCGAGGUGCGCGUGUCUCAGUCCAUCGGCAACCUGGGCAACUCGUCGUUUGAAUACCUAUACUCCAUUUACUGUGAACAACCGGGCAAGCGUGUGCUGCUGGCCACCGCCGUCGUGGUUUGUGUGGCUGUACGUGCUCCAGGUGAAAAACUACCUUUGCCCCCAAACUUUCGACGCAUUGCCAGCGCCGCCCAAGAGGCACGCAUGCUCGAAGAUAGCCGACGCCGUCGUGAUUCCGACUAUGCGUCUAGUCUCUUAAGCAUCGAGAUGGAUAGCGUCCCCACUUCGGAGGGAGCCAUUAAUCCACGCGCCUCGGCCGUUCCCGUCACCCAGUUGAGCCUCGUCACAAGCGAUGGUGUCGAUUAUUUUGCCAUGCCAGUUUUGCUCCGACCCAGUGAUGAGGACUGGAAUCACCACGUCAACAACGUCAGCUACGUGCGGUUCUUCGAGGAUGCCCUGGAAAUUGUCCGCGAGCUGGCCCACGUACCCUUUGGCGCGCGCGAUGUGGAUGCCAUGGCCAUUGACUAUCUGCGUGAAUGUUCAAUCCGCGUAAGCAAUUGCCGAGUCCUGGUUCGCCUCCAGCCACCGCCACCGGAGAAUGCUUUGGAAGAUGGAUCGCAGGCCACCACAACCUCUCUACCCUCGCUGGCCUUCCUCUUUCAAGGUCGGGAGGCUGACGGCAAAACAUACAUUUAUGCCCGUGGUCGCGUCGUGGCGGCAACCCUUGCUGGUGUGCAAGAAGAUGACCUUGUCACCAACGACGAUUGA